CUCACAACGACACCAGCCAAAUCUUCACCUCCGCCCAACCUGGCCCCCGAAGAUCGGCAGCCAACACUACACCACCAUCAACAUGUCCACCCGCCUCCCCCUCCACGAAUUCAAGAUCACCCACAGCGACUGGCCCACCACUGCCCCCUCGGCGGAAACGCCCAUCGUGAACCCCCUCUCGCUCCUCCUCUGCCGCUACCCCAAUGGCGCCUACCUCUCAAACCCAAACUUCAUGCUCCUCUACUCGCGCGAGAAUGCCUACGACAGGUACGUCGACCGCUUGUACGGAAGCCUGACGGCCGGCUCCUCGGCGCCCCUCGACCGGCCCAGGAAGAAAGGCGCGCAGACCUUCUGGAUGAAGACGCAUUCUGAGAAUGAAGGCUUGCUGGAGUUGUUGGAGGCAGCAGGGAUCUUGAAGAGGACCGGGCAGACGUUCAAGCAAGGGUUUGCGACGUUGGUGGCUGUGGAGACGCAAUUGGUGGAUGGACAGUGGGCAGAGGUGUGCCAUAAUCAGAAAUGUGGGAAGAGAGAGCAGUUGGAGGCGGAGGGGGGCAGGAUGAAGAGGUGUUCGAGGUGUAGGGAUGUGUGGUAUUGCAAUGCAGAGUGUCAGAAGGCGGGUUGGCCAGAGCAUAGAGGAGGGUGUAAGGUGUAUAAAGAGGCUGCUGAGAAGAGGGCGGCGGUUGAGGAGGAGACUGUUUGAGGAGAUGCACGUAGGGAGUGCGAAAAGUAUGUUAUUUGAGGUGUUUGAUCUCAUGGAAGCAAUGUUCGACUUCGGAAACCGGAUAUCAAUACUAACCAGUAUAAGUAAUCUUCC